UUGGAAAAAAUGGCUGCUCCGGCGGCAGCAGCGGGUCCUUCCCCCGGUUUGUGCCCAAGCUUCGCCGUUGUCUGUUCUUUUCUGGAGCGCUAUGGAGCUGUACUGGACCUGCCAGAGCUGACGUUUCCGCAGAUGGAGAGAUAUCUACAGGAGACCUCCACAGUUCCCAAGCCCUUGGUGGAGCUUCAUGUGAAGUUGAUGAGGAAAAUCGGCAAGUCAGUGUCUGCGGAAAGAUGGGAGAAGUAUCUUAUCAAGGUGUGUCAGGAGUUCAACACCACUUGGGCCUGGGAGCUGGAGAAGAAGGGGUACCGAGAGAUGACAAUAGAGUGCAAGACAGGAAUCCUCAAAUACUUGUGUGAGUGUCAGUUUGAUGAUAACAUCAAGUUUAAGACUGCAAUAAAUGAGGAGGAUCCCGAUAAGAUGCGCCUGCAGCCAAUUGGCCGGGACAAGGAUGGCCUCAUGUACUGGUUCCAGCUGGACCAAGACCACAAUGUGCGGGUCUAUGUGGAGGAGCAGGAUGACUUGGAUGGAUCCUCCUGGAAGUGCAUCGUUAGGACUCGAAAUGAUCUGGCAGAGACUGUGGAGCUGCUGAAGGCCCAGAUCGAUCCAGCGCUGUUGACCAAGAAGGAAACCCAGGAGGGGUCAGCCAGCACUAGCCCAAGCCUGGAAGAUCAAGAGAAUAAGAAAGAAGAGGGAGAAAAAGAGUCAGGGAGUUUGAAGAAGACUGAAAAAUCAGAGGACACCUCAGAGGAUGAAGAUGAAAAGCCUGCAAAGAGUACCAUUCGCUCCAUCUCCCCUACGACAGGAAACGACCUAAAGCCCUCUGUGAAGGAUGAUAAAGGGGACCUGAAGCAGGAGGGCAAGGUGGGACCCACAGAAAGCAAAGAUGAUAAUGAGAAAUCAGGGUCAACUACGAAGUCGGAGAAAACUGAGGAAAAGCCCAUGAUUGACAACCGGGUAAGGACCAUCACUGCAAUCAUCAAGGAAGAACCGAAAGAUUCUGUGCAGAACGCUGCCGUACUGGGAUUGGAGAAGAAGGAGGCCCCUUUAAAGAUGGAAACACAUGAGGAAACAAAGGAGAAGACCUCAGAGGAAGUGGAGAGGGCCAUGAAGAACGACCAGCAGGCUAAAAUCCCCCUGAAGAAGAGGGAGCUCAAAUUGAGUGAGGACUUUGACAAUGGGGGAAGCAUAAUUGUUCGCAACCCAUCCAUCACUCCCACCAAAGAGUUGCUGAAGGAGGAGGUGGAAAAGAUGGAAGAGGACAGCAAAGCACCUCCUCCUUCCUCCUCGGAUGGCUUGGAAAAGGAGCCAAAAGAUGACUUGAUCAAUGGGGAGGUACAGCCUGCUAAAGAUGUGGACAUGGGAACAGUAUCAGAUAAGUCUGAAAGCCAACAAGCUAAGAGAGCAGAAGAGCAGCAGGUUUGUGCCAUUGCUAGGGAGGAAAAGGGUCAAGUAGAGGACAGUGUGAAGGUUGAAACCGGCAAAGAGAAAGAAAAAUCUGCUGAACCAGUGCAAUUAACUGCGGCAGAAAAAAGCAUGAAACCUGUUCAAGAGCAGGCCAUUGCCACUGAAGAAAAAGAACCUUUAUCUACAAGUGAUGACUUGGCUUCUUCGGAAGAGAGGACAACAGCAACAGCUGUUGAAGAGACACCAAGCUUGUGUCCAGUAGUGGAGCCCACCCAGAAAGGAAGUCAAGAAGAACCCAUGGAGGUUUCUCCAAACAUCUUGGAGUCUAAAGAAAAAACUGGUAAGGAUGGCAUGGGUGAAGAGAAGGAAGAGGUCCCUGAUAAGAAGGGAGAGAAGGAUGGAGAGAAGUCCAUGAAAGAGUCCAACAGUACAGAGCCCAGUCACCCUGAGAAGGAUGAAUCUGAGGAGGCCACUGACGUGAAGGCUGAGGGAGAUGCUUUGCCUUCCAAGAAGGCAGAGGCUGAGAAGACCACAGGGGACCAAGAAAAGAAAAAUGCGGAGAGUGAAUCCACACCUGGAGAGGAAACUAAAAGUACUGAGAUGGAAGAAGAGGUGGCAGAAGGUGAGGAAGAGAAAGAGAAAAAGGGCUCUGAGAAGAGAAAGAAGAAAAGGAAAGGAAAAGCUGGGGCGUCAGAGGAUGACAAGGAGGACAAAGGGUCUACAGACAAAGACCAACAGGACGCUGAAAAAUCCAGUCUCGAUGAAGACGGAGCAGCAGCCAAGGAAGGUGAGGAGGGUGAAGAGGUGUCGUCAGAAAUCCAGAAGGAGGGUAUCCGUCUGAAGAUCAAAAUCCCCUCCCACAGGAGGAAAGAGGUGAUCCAGGCAGAGGAGAAGAAGCCAGAUCCAGGGACUGACAUGGCUGAUGGGAGGUCCCUGAGGAGGUCCCCCAGGAUAUGCCGACCCACUCCCAAACUGGCAGAAAUCCAGGACAUGAAGCUGGAAAGGAAGCACUUGGCUCCUUUGAUUGAGGAUGAUGGGGAAGAUGAGGAUGAAGAUGUGGAGAAGCCUCAGAGGAAACCAAGGGAAAACUCAAGGAAGGCUGAUGCAGAUGGCCAGAACAAGUUAACAAAGGGAAAACGGCGACGUCGGGCUCGAUGGUCAAACACUCGCACAAGGUGGCGCAAAAAUAAAGGCUCCAGUGAUGAUGAUGAGGAAGAGAGUGAGGAUGAUGACAGUGAUGAAGAUUACAAGGUAGAGAAGUCCAAGGACAGACGCGAGUCGGACUCGGAUUCAAACUCAGAGGAAACCCCCAAUGACGACCCCUGUAAACACUGUGGCCUCCCCAACCAUCCUGAAUUGAUCCUGCUGUGUGAUUCCUGUGACAGCGGCUACCACACGGCCUGUCUGCGACCCCCUCUCAUGAUCAUCCCGGACGGAGAAUGGUUCUGUCCCCCCUGCCAGCAUAAACUCUUGUGUGAAAAGUUGGAGGAACAGCUGCAGAACCUUGAUGUGGUUCUGAAGAAGAAGGAGCGUGCUGAACGAAGGCGGGAGCGCUUGGUGUAUGUGGGGAUCAGCGUGGAGAACAUCAUCCCAGCUCCCGUAAGUACCGAGGACUUGGAAUCUAAUGGCCGUAACGGGGUAAGUCCCCGCGCUGCUCAGGAGCCUGAAGUAGAAGAGGAAAAGCAGGAAAAGAAGAAAGAUGUCAAAAAGAGCAGAAAUCUGGGAAGGAGAUCGACAAGAACAAGGAAGUGCAUAAGCUACAGAUUUGAUGAGUUUGAUGAAGCUAUCGACGAGGCAAUCGAGGAGGACAUUAAGGAGGCUGAGGGAGGAGGUGCGGGCCGGGGCAAGGACAUGGCCAACAUCACAGGACACCGAGGGAAGGACAUCUCCACCAUCCUGCAGGAGGAGGGCAAGGAGAACCGCCGGCCAGCGAAGGCCGCGCCUGCUGCGCGCAGAAAGAAACGCCGACGCCUGAACGACCUGGACAGCGACAGCACCAUGGAGGAGGAGGAGAGCGAGGACGAGUUCCGCCUCAGCAGCAGUUCGGAGGAGGAGGAGUUUGUGGUUUCGGGGGAUGACGGGGAAAGCGACGCGGACGUGAACUCCAUGGACGACAGCGAUUUCGGGAGCUCUGGCUACGGCCCGCGGCACGCCGUGUCACGCAGCAGGAACCGGCCUCAGAAGAAGAGGACCACGCGGCGGCCGCAGCGGCGACGAAGAGGGUACUCCGAUGAGGAGGAAGAGGAGGAGACGGAGGAGGAAGAGGAGGAGGAAGAAGAAAUGGUGACGGAGGGCUCCAGCGAGUUCAGCGACAGCGACCUGGACAUGCGGCGGAGGCGUUCCCGUCGGAGCCAGAGGAAGCAGGUGAACUACUGCGAAACCUCCGACAGCGACAGGUCGCACACCGCCGUCCACCACAACAAGCAGAAGCUUCACCGGCGCCGCCUAUCCAGCUCUGAAAGCGAAGGGAGUUUUUGUUCCAGAGACUCCAAUGGAGAGGAUGAGGAGGAGGAGGGGAAGAAGAGGAAGAAGAGGGUGAAGGGCGAUUCCUCUGAGGAGGACACUCGGCAGUGGCGCAAGCGGCUGAAGCGACGGAGAGCCUCAGAGGAAGACUACAAAGCUGAAGAGGAGGAGGACUCGGAGGAGUCCGAAGAAGAGGAGCGGCCCGUCCGCAAGAGGCUGAACCGCAUUGAGACGGACGAGGACGAAGAGGAAGAGGAGGAAGUGGAGGAGAAGAAGAGGAAAAGGCCUGCAGUGGGGGAGGCAGAUGAGGGCGCAAAGAGACCCCACAGGAUCAACAGUGACGAUGAAGAGGAGGUGCUGGCGAAAGGGGAGAGCCCCCUGGACUAUAACUUAGUGGGGCUGCCCUCCACCAACGGACAGAGUGCGGCCAAGGGCCCCGGGGCAUUCGUCCCCAAGCACGGGGGUGCCGUCGGACCUAAGGACAGCGGGGCCUCGGCUACCCCCGUUGCCCCCAGCGCCCUGGCCGCCAACGGCAUGGUCCCCCAGGAGCUGCCCACACAAGACGAGGACGAGGACGACCUCUUAGGGGUGACUGACCUCGUGGACUACGUUUGUAACAGCGAACAGUUGUAGGAUAUUGUAAUUCUGUGUUUGUUUUAUGCCUUUCGUCAACAACCCCCUACUCCUGUGCUCAACCCCCCCAACCCCCGCCCCCCCAACUCCUGGAAAGGAACUGGACCUCUGAGUGAAGGGCGUCGCUGACCGUGGUGACAGGCGCAUUUUCUUUGUGCAGUAACACCCUGUCCUUCUACUCACUACACAGACUGACACAGACCCAGAUGAAGAUCAGAGGUGUCCUACCAUGGACACAGAACUUUGUCUUUGUAGUACAGCACUUGAGGGGCCAGUUUUUGGUCUUUUUUUUUUUUUCUUUUAUUUAAAAAAAAAAAAAGUUAAUAUGGUA